AUGAAUCUGUGGAAUUUUGCACUCUUCGUCACAUUAGUGAAGGGCUGGGUAGUCAACCACGGCACAACAUGCACUUUGUACCCAGAAUCCCUCACUCACCACGGACAAGAAGUUGAUGAUUCGCCCUCCAUCCAAGAAGCCUUUGACACCUGUGGCACGAAUGGUACUGUCGUGUUCACUGAUAACGUUUUCCAUGUCAACACCGUUCUGAACACGACCAAUCUACUUAAUUGUGAUGUUUAUCUGCGCGGUGAACUUCGCCUAUCCACCAACAUUCCGUACUGGAGAACUCAUGCAAUCAGCGUUGUUUUGCAAGACCAGGUUACAGCGUGGCUUUUUGGUGGCACAAAUGUGAACUUCUACGGCCAGGGCGGCUUCUACAAUGGCCAGGGCCAAGCUUGGUACAACGCCAACCGAAAUGAGUCGAACCAGCCCGGUCGACCAAUGAGUAUGACAUUCUACAACUCAACCAACCUCCACGUUGAUGGUUUGAGUGUCAUUCAACCUCAAUUCUGGGCUACGUUUGUGUGGGCUAGCCAGAACGUCUCGUUCACCAACUUGUUUGUGAAUGCCACGAGCGAUAGCAAGUGGGGUACCAUGAACUGCGAUGGCUACGAUUCCUGGCAGAGCGAUAACCUGUACAUUGAGAAUGCAACCAUCAUCACCGGCGAUGACUGCAUCGCCGCGAAGGGAAACACAACGAACCUCUACGCCAAGAACAUCUACUGCGAAGGCGGCACAGGUAUCACGAUUGGAUCUAUCGGUCAAUACCCAGAGACCCCCGACUACAACAUGAACACGACAUUCGAAAAUGUCAAGAUCAAGAACGCCAUGGAUGGAGCCUAUAUCAAAACCUGGCAAGGCACACGCAUCUAUACUCCCAGCAAUGGUGACUGGGGUGGUGGUGGAACCGGUCUUGUGAAAAACAUCACAUUCCGGAACUUCGAAAUGGAGAAUGUGGGAUUGCCCAUUCAAAUGUCCCAAUGUGUCUACUCUGCCAACUCCGACAAGGGGUGCAACACAUCGACACUGCAAAUCGAAGAUGUCAAAUGGGAGAAUAUCCGCGGCACCUCGCGCUUCAACGUCGCCUCCUCUAUCUACUGUUCGGAUGAGCGCCCUUGCCCUAACAUCACGUUUGAUCGUGUCAACAUCACUAGUGUGAAUACCACACGCCACCUGCCAUACUAUGGCACGGAUGUACAGCACCAGAUUUUCCAGUGCACCAACAUCCUGGGCCAGAAUGGCUCUGGCAUCCCGUGUAACCAAGCAGCUCCCAGCAACUUCAGUCAGUGGAUCUAUGGGAACGUUGAUAGCUCAGGGUUGGCCACUUUGACCUGA